AUUGGUGGUCAUCCUGAAGUAAUGCUGUGCGACGUUACUGCAAAGGAAGAAAUGAAGAACCAGCGAUCAGGCAAGCAUUAUUUAGAAAGUGGAUUUUGGAUUAAAGAAGACUUAUACACCAAACUGUAUGAAUAUCAAAAGGAAGGAGUAUCCUUUCUUUACUCUUUGUAUAAACAUGGAAAAGGUGGACUCUUGGCUGAUGAUAUGGGACUAGGGAAAACUGUCCAAAUCAUUGCCUUUCUCUCUGGAGUAAUCAACAUGAAGCCAAAAGAAAGUGUCCUGCUCGUGGUGCCUUGCAGUCUUAUGACCAACUGGGCAGACACCUUUAAGGCUUGGACACCCAACCUCCAGGUGAAGAUUUUUCAUGGUAGUGAAAAGAAUAAACAAUUAUGGAAUUUAGAAGAAGUUAAAAAACAGGGAGGAGUUUUGAUUACCAGUUAUGGAACAAUGGUUAGCAAAUUGAAUAAGCUUUCAUUCUGCAAUGGUGAGGACUUUAUUUGGGACAUUGUCAUCUUUGACGAGGCUCACACCAUUAAGACACCCAACACCGAAACCUGCCAAAGUGCUUGUUCCCUUCCUUCAAAGAUCCGCAUCCUUAUCACCGGCACCCCAGUCCAGAACAACCUAAGAGAGAUGUGGACCCUCUUCAACGUUGCUUGUCAAGGAGCUGUCCUUGGUACCUAUAAGACUUUUAAACAUUCAUAUGAAAAUCCUAUAAUGAGUGGAAGAGUGAAGAACGCAAGCCCUAGAAAGAGCACUCUGGCAUUAAAAUGUUCAGAAAGUUUGAUGUCAAUGAUAAGCCCUUAUUACAUGAGAAGAACAAAGGAAAUCCUGCCUUGUCUCUCAAAAAAAAACGACUUAGUUGUGUGGCUUCGCCCAACACAAUUGCAAAGCCACAAAUACAAAAGUAUAAUUGCAACUAAGGUGCAAAAGGAUCAGCUAACGUUUCCUGUGCUCUGCAAGCUGAAGAAGGUUUGUGAUCAUCCAAGGUUGCUGUUUCCCUUUGUAGUCAAUGAGUUGGAUGAAGAAGGUGCCGGUCUUGCCCAAGAAUCAAGCAAAUUGUUAUUCUUGGUUCCUUUGCUAAGAAAAUUGUGUGCAGAGGGAAACCGCACACUUGUGUUCAGCCAUUCAUCCAAAAUGUUGGACAUUAUACAACUCGUUUUAACUAACAAUAAGUUUUGUUAUCUGCGUAUGGAUGGAACAGUUACAAUAUCAAAACGCCAAAGACUUGUGGAAGCUUUCCAAACCCAAAGUGAUUACUCCAUCUUCCUUCUAACUACUCAGGUUGGUGGAGUUGGCUUAAAUCUAACAGCAGCCAAUAGGGUGGUUAUCUUUGAUCCCUCUUGGACUCCAGCAGAUGACGCCCAGGCUAUUGACAGAAUAUACAGAAUUGGGCAGGAAAAAGAUGUUAUAGUCUACAGACUCAUAACUUGUGGAACAGUGGAGGAAAAAAUCUACUGCCGCCAAGUCUUCAAGGACUCACUGAUGCGGCAGGCAACUGGGGAUGAAAAGAACCCGUUUAGACAUUUUACACGGGAAGAACUUGGGAACAUCUUUACAUUAGGAAACACCCGAUCAUCUUCAACACGAAUACAACUGCAGUCGAGGUCCACUCAGGUAACUUGUGACACUAAACUGGAUGAGCACAUUGAAUUCCUCCACUCCCUUGAUAUCGAUGGCAUUUCACACCAUAAUCUCUUGUUCACAAUAUCAGAGGAAGAUAUGUGCAGUAGUGAGGAUAAUGAGAGCAUUCUUGUAGAAGUGGAGAAUGCUCAAGAAGUUAUAGAAAGUGAAUCCAAUGAAACACAGCUUUGUGUUGACAGGAACAUCCUUGGAGAACAAAGGAGAAGAAAUCAAUGUAUAGCAAAAGUGUCUGCUCGGAAGAAGUCUUCUUGGUGUGACUAUAGUAAACUGCACAAAGAUAACGAUGUGUCACAAGAAGGCUCAGAAAGUAGCACAAACGAGGACGCUCUCUUGUGUAUGUCUGGUGACAGUAUAGUUUGUGAGAGCUUCUCAUCUAGUGAGACUUCACAUUGGGGUGAAAAUGAAGUGGCGUUUGAGGAAGUGGAUUCUUCAAUGUCUAGACUGACCAUUGAAAAUUCUCUCUUGGACUCUGAGGAUAUGCGUGAUUCUUUUGAACUCAGUGGUCUGGGUUCAAAGCAUAAAGCUUCUGUAGCCAUUACAGAAAUUUGUGAUGUUGAAGUUUCUUCAGAAAGUCAGUCUAGCAUGGAUUUUUCAAUAGAAUGUAAUUCAGGUGGUGCUUGUGGAAUAUCAGCUUCGCUGGUCAAUAUUCAAACUUACGGGGAUACGCCAAAUUCAUUAACCAGCAUGUCAGUUAAUAGUUCUGCUCAUGACUCUGCUAAUCAACAUGUGACUCCUAAGGCCUCACUCAUAAACCUGACUGGUGAUUCUGAACUCAUGGAUACUUCAGCGGUGGCAUCUACACCUUGGUCUGGCGCACCAUUAUUCACUUGUGUCAUAAACGAUGGUGGGGAUGUUACUGAAUGGAAUCUAUCCCAAAAAUGUUUAACCCAAGAUUACAGUGACAAUAAAAACAAGCAAUGUGUUUCUGGAGGUCUCUGCAGUAUAAAUGUGAAGCCAAAAGAAGACAAGGAAGAAUCUGAAACAGAUGAGGAAGAUGAACACACACAUGAGAAUAGUAAAAAUGGCUGCCUCAAUAUGACAAAAGUGCAAGAAACAAUGGAAAGUGAAUCUGAGCAAACAGAGAAGUGGGCCGAUCAGAACAUCUCUGGAAAGUUCAACACAAGAACUAGGAAUGGAAAACACAGAGAAGAGUCCACACUGAAGAAGUUAUCUGGCAUUACAUGCAACAAGUGUGAUAUGUCACAAGAAAGCAUACAAAGUAGCAAUGAAAAGAACUCUUCCAGUCAUUCCAGAAAGGAUGAUUUAUCUUCUUACAAUUCAUAUCUCAGUGGUUCAUCACAUUUUGAUAGAAGUGGAACCAAUUCUGAAAGUGUACCUUCUCCAAUAUCCAAAGUGAUGCCAAAAAGGUCUCAGAUGAACUGUGACAGUAAAGAAAAUCAAGUUGGUCAGAGUCCACAUGUGACAAAACUUUGUGAGUAUUCUCUGUCGUCAGAGAGUCAGUCUGACACAGACACUUCUACAGAGAGAUCCACACCUUUUACUCACGUGAUGUCUACUCCUGGACCAGAAAUACAAUUAAUCAGUUACCAACAGUGUGGUGACUCAACUUCAUCAUCUACCAGUCCAUCAGAUAAUCGUUCUGCUUAUAAAUGUGAUCAUCAGCACGUGACUCUUGUGUCCUCGUCUAUAAACCUAACUAAUCAGUCAGAUCUCAUGGAUCUGUCAGGAUUACCAAAACUGUGCCCAUACUCACAAACCUCAGAAGAUUUCUCUUGUUCUCCUGUUGUGCCAUCUACAUCUUGGCCUAUCAAAGAAAUCAGUAGCAGUAGAGACAUCCCAGAAAGACGUUUUCACCAAGAAAGUUCAUUGAGAAGUGAUAGUGUUAAUGAUUCUAAUAAUCAACAAAUGACUCCUACAGAUUGUGUGACAGAACUCAGCAGGCCUUUGGAGCUGAUGGAUCAUUCCCAAACUCCUCAUUAUAUGCUGGGGCUGGAUGGGCUAAAUAAUCGUUCUCAUGUCAUCACAUCAACACCUUUGCCUAAAGCCCCCGUAUUUAGCAUUAAAAUACGUGACAGUUUGGCCAUUGAUAAAACACCUUCACUCAAAACAUGUUCAGACGGAAAUCAUGAUGAUAAUAUAACACCUGGUGGUUUUUCUUUGAAUGGUCCUUUCUUUUGUAAAGAGAAGUCAGACAGAAAGAAGGUAACGUUUAUGCUGCCAUAUGAUGAUGAUGAUGAUGAAUGCAGCAGUGAUGACACAGAAAAUAAGAACCUGAAUGACAUUGAGAAAGCAGCAGGAAGUGCCUCCCAAGAAAUACCACAGUAUGUGAAGCAAAACUUUGUGGAGCAACAAAGGGGAAGAAAUCAGAAGUCAAGUCACAAAAGAGAGUCCCUGCUAAAGAAAUCACCUGACGUUAAAUGUCGGAAUCUACACAAAGUCCUUAAUGUGUCAAAAGCAACCCCAUUACAUAGGAGUCAUGAGGCGUCUCUCCUCCAUUCCAUUGGCAGCUCCUCUCCUAUUGGGAUGCCACAGUUCACAACCAGUGAGGUCUGCUCUAAGUGGGCACCUUCUUCAGCGUUCAAGAUGGCAACGAGAACAUCUCAAAUAGACAGUGGCUGUACCCGAAAGCAAAUUGGUGAGAAUCUAAAUGUGACAAAAAUUUGUGAUUACACCUUGUCUUCAGGAAGUCAGCCUGACAUGGAUUCUUUGUUGGAGAGUAAUAUGACUUUUACUAAUCAUUCUUCAGCUCCUGAACCCAUGAAAAAAGUAAUCAGGCCCCAUAUCUGUCUGGACGCACGUUCAUCAUUUCCCAACAACUCUGAAAAUCAUUCAUUUCAUGCAUCUGGUAAUAAGGAGGAGACUCCUAUGGAUUCCCUUAUAUGCCAGUGUGUGCCCAAGGAUCACUCAGUCUUACCAAAACUGUGCGAUUAUUCACACUCUCCUCAGGAUUUGUCAAGCCUGGAUAGUAACAAUGGUCUCUCUUAUUUGGUGACACCAAUAUCGUUACCUAAAAAAAGGCUACCACUUCAUGAAAUCAGUGACAACAGAGACAUUUCCCAAAGUCUUUUAAUAAGAAAUGUCAAUGAAAGUCCAACAGUUAGAAAUGUUCUUGGUGACUGCUUCAUUCUAAAUGAGAAGACAAAGGUAAAAAGUGCAAAACCCACGUUAUGCAAGUAUCCCUUGACCACUGCUUCACAGUCAACUCUGAUGGACUCUCCACAUUGUAAUACAAAAUCCAUCAAAGAGCAAAAAUUGUGGAAUGAAACAAAUUGUGAUAAGGAGCCUCCCUUCGAUGAUAUUCAACGUGACUCAGUCAGAGUCCUUAAAAAUGCAACAUUACCUUUAGAGGACUCAAUGUCAACCAGUUUAGAGGAUUACGGUGACCCAUCUGAAGCACAGGUAGACAGUGCAAUCCACAGCAUACUGGAGUGCCUGAAAGAAAUAAUAGGACUUGAGGUGAGCAGUUCAUCAGGUCAAAGAGCAGAAAACAUUUUGGACUCUCAAGUUGAGCAAAACUAUAAAGAUGAAGGCACAGAUGAUGAAGAUUCCUUGAUUUUAGCUUUACUCCAACCCCAGCAGGAAAAUUCACAUGGUGAAAGCUACUUUUACAGCACUGGGAAAAACAAAGAGCAUCCGUGUGGAACUUCCAUGUGUUCUUGGACGAGCAGAGAUUUCAUAAGAGACAGAGCAGGAAACCGAGCUGAUGUCACAUUGAACGUGCCAUUUGGGGAUGAGAACCCAGUAAGUGGAAGUCCAAAGAGUGAAAGAGAAACCUCACUGCCAUCUACAGAGAAUGAAAUACAAAAAGCAACUGAACCUGAGUUUGGAAGCUUGUUAGUGAGUGGAUCCCAAUCAUUUCAGGUGGACCCUCCUCACUGUUCACUUGGUUUUCCAAUCAAUGAGAGAUUUGUCCAAGAGCAAACUCUAGAAGAUAAAAGAGGAGCAAGCCGUGAUGUGUGGGAUCGGACACCUUUGACUGAGGGUUUUGAGAACACUUUAGCCAUCAGUCCAUUGACUCUUCACUUUCUAUCGACGCUGGACUUAGAAACCACAGCCAGUCUUAACCAGACGUCCAUGAGCUCUGCUAAUUUACUUGGUGGCAGGAGGUCAGAUUUAAAUAUGGACAUUCCAGAGACCACCACCCCUGUCCUGGACGACUUUCGCCUUUUUUUAGAAGAAUCACUGGCAGACUUAGAAUUUAGUUCAGGGCAGGACAAUCCAAAUUGUUUUGACCCAUUUGACUUAAUGAGGAGUACCCCAGAAAGUAAUGAGGGCAACUGA